AUGGCUCGUCUACCGGUUUUAUUUGUUACACAUGGAGCUGGUCCUAUGAUGUUUUUGGAAUCGUCGACAAGACAAGGUCCAAAUAAUUUUGAUAAAAAUAGUCCUGCAGCAAAAUGGUUUCGUCAAUUAUACAGUCAAUUGUCAUUGGACCGACCACCUAAAGCUAUUCUUCUAAUCAGCGCUCAUUGGGAAACCAAAGAGGCAGUUCACAUUUCUGCUCAAACACAACAUUCUAAACUCUUCUAUGACUACUACAAUUUUCCACCAGAAGCAUAUGAAAUCGAGUUCACACCAGCCGGACAUCUUGAAUUAGCUGAACGAGUGAAAUCAUUACUUGAACAAGAUUCUAUUCCUUGCAAACUCGAUGCCGAACGCAAUCUAGAUCAUGGUGUAUUCAUUCCUCUGAAAUUGAUCUUUCCAAAAGCUGACAUACCCGUAGUAUCCAUGUCUAUUCUCAGUUCUCUUUCGCCUGCACAACAUUUGUUAAUUGGCAAAGCAUUGGCUCCGCUGCGAAAUGAAAAUGUACUUAUUAUUGGUUCUGGUUCAACGAUUCAUGGACAAGGAGGACCAGGACAAUCAAAUCAAUUUGUAGAUGCUCUCACUCGCGCGUUGACAGAAUGUGAUGCACAUGAACGAGAGAACAUUCUUCUCAAUUGGGAACAAAUGUUGCCAUAUGCUCGUGCUAACCAUCCUCGUGAAGAACAUUUGAUUCCGCUUCACGUUGUUGUUGGUGCGGCUGGUACCGACCGUGGUCAAAUAUGUAAUCCAAGUGUCCCUAAACUUCAAGCGGCAUAUCAAUUUGGACGCUAG